AUGGGGUCAGCCAGCAAUGUGACAGAAUUUAUCCUCCUGGGACUUACACAAAACCCACAGCUCCAGAAAAUAUUCUUUGUUCUAUUUUUAUUCAUCUUCCUCUUCACUGCUUUGGCCAACCUGUUCAUAGCAAUCACCAUUGCCUUAAGCCCUACCCUUUCAGCUCCCAUGUACUUUUUCCUUACUUAUUUGUCCUUUAUUGAUGCCUGCUAUACCUCGGUCACCACUCCUAAGAUGAUUAUUGACUUGCUCUAUCACAGGAGAAUUAUCUCCUUCAAUGGUUGUCUCACUCAGCUCUUUGUUGAGCAUUUCCUUGGGGGCUCCGAGAUCAUCCUCCUCAUUGUCAUGGCCUAUGACCGCUAUGUUGCCAUAUGCAAACCCUUGCACUACAUGGCUAUUAUGCGGCCUCAUGUGUGCCGCCUAUUGGUAGUAGUUGUCUGGGUGGGGGGCUUAGUGCAUGCCACUGCUCAGAUCCUCUUCAUAAUCCACCUACCCUUCUGUGGCCCCAAUGUCAUCGAUCACUUCAUGUGUGACCUGUUCCCAUUGCUGAAACUCGCCUGUACUGAUACCUACAUGCUGGGGAUGGUUGUUGCUGCUAACAGUGGAGUCAUGUGCAUGCUGAUUUUUUCCAUGCUGCUUGUCUCCUAUGUUGUCAUCUUGCGCUCCCUAAAGACACACAGCUCAGAGGGGAGGCGCAAAGCCCUGUCUACCUGUGGCUCCCAUUUCCUAGUGGUUGUCCUGUUCUUUGUUCCCUGUAUCUUCACCUACACACGACCUGUAUGUACCUAUCCUAUAGACAAGUUAGUCACUGUUUUUUUUGCUAUUUUUACCCCCAUGUUAAAUCCUAUAAUCUACACAGUAAGGAACACAGAAGUGAAAAAUGCCAUAAGGAAUUUGCUUAAAAAAAGAGUCACUUCCACUUCCCAGUGA